ACACACACACACGUCCCAGGCUCCCUCUGGCCAUCCCAGGAUCACAGCUGUGCUGUGUCUGGGAGUUGGGCGGCACGUGAAGGUGAAGGGCAGUGUCCCUUCUUGGCAUUCUCCCAGCGGCUUCCCCGGGAGCUCUCCUGGGACCUGAUGCAUGGAGCUGAACCGACCUCGGGAGCAGAGCGGGGGUCUGCGGAAAACUUCAAGCCCAGAGAGGAGGUGUGCUUUGCCUAAAGUCACCCAGCAAUAGAGACCCCCGCUCUACCGUUCACUGCCUUGAUUUUGCCUCCCUCGCCAUCCUGCCCCGCCCGCAGCUCCGCAGCCUCGCUGCAAGGCUAUGGACGGAGAAGUGGCAACCCACGAGGAUGGGCCACCGGUGGUCUCCUGGGUCCCCGAGGAGGGAGAGAAGUUGGACCGGGAAGGCGAGGACCAGGUGAAGGAUCGGGGCCAAUGGACCAACAAGAUGGAGUUUGUGCUCUCGGUGGCCGGGGAGAUCAUUGGGCUGGGCAAUGUCUGGAGGUUCCCCUAUCUCUGCUACAAAAACGGAGGUGGGGCCUUCUUCAUUCCCUACUUCAUCUUCUUCUUCUCCUGCGGCAUCCCAGUAUUCUUCUUGGAGGUGGCGCUCGGCCAGUACACCAGCCAGGGGAGUGUCACAGCCUGGCGGAAGAUCUGUCCCCUCUUCCAAGGCAUUGGCCUGGCAUCUGUGGUCAUUGAAGCCUAUUUGAACGUCUACUACAUCAUUAUCCUUGCCUGGGCUCUUUUCUACCUGUUCAGCUCCUUCACCUCAGAGCUGCCCUGGACAACCUGCACCAAUCCCUGGAAUACAGAGCACUGCAUGGACUUUCUGAACCACUCCGGAGCCAGAACAGCACCGUCUGAGAACUUCACUUCACCUGUCAUGGAAUUCUGGGAGAGACGGGUCCUGGGCAUCUCCUCGGGCAUCCACGACCUGGGGGCCCUGCGCUGGGAGCUGGCCCUGUGCCUCCUGCUCGCCUGGAUCAUCUGCUACUUCUGUAUCUGGAAGGGGGUCAAGACUACAGGCAAGGUGGUUUAUUUCACAGCCACGUUUCCCUACCUGAUGCUGAUUAUCUUACUGAUCCGGGGCAUCACCCUUCCAGGAGCCUACGAGGGCAUCAUCUAUUACUUGAAGCCUGAUUUGUUUCGCCUCAAGGACCCCCAGGUGUGGAUGGACGCUGGCACCCAGAUCUUCUUCUCCUUCGCCAUCUGCCAAGGGUGCCUGACAGCCCUGGGCAGCUACAACAAGUACCACAACAACUGCUACAGGGACUGCAUCGCCCUCUGCUUCCUCAACAGUGCCACCAGCUUCAUGGCCGGGUUCGUCGUCUUCUCCAUCCUGGGCUUCAUGUCUCAGGAACAGGGGGUGCCCAUUUCGGAGGUGGCCGAGUCAGGUCCUGGCCUGGCCUUCAUCGCAUUCCCCAAGGCCGUGACCAUGAUGCCCUUGUCCCAGCUCUGGUCCUGUCUUUUCUUCAUCAUGCUCAUAUUCCUGGGGCUGGACAGCCAGUUCGUCUGCGUGGAGUGCCUGGUGACUGCCUCCACCGACAUGUUCCCCCGGCAGCUCCGCAAGAGCGGGCGGCGCGAGCUGCUCCUCCUUGCCAUCGCUGCAGUGUGCUACCUGGUGGGGCUCCUUCUGGUCACCGAGGGCGGGAUGUACGUCUUCCAGCUGUUUGAUCAUUACGCUUGCAGCGGCAUCUGCCUGCUCUUCCUGUCUGUGUUUGAGGUUAUCUGCAUCAGCUGGGUGUAUGGGGCAGACCGUUUCUAUGACAACAUUGAGGACAUGAUUGGCUACCGGCCAUGGCCCCUGGUGAAGAUCUCCUGGCUCUUCCUGACUCCUGGACUUUGCCUGGCCACCUUCCUGUUCUCCCUGAGCAAGUACACGCCUCUGAAAUACAACAACAUCUACGUGUACCCUCUCUGGGGAUCCUCCAUCGGCUGGUUCUUGGCUCUCUCGUCCAUGGUCUGUGUCCCACUCUUCGUCAUUGUCACUGUCCUGAAGAGCCAGGGCUCUUUUAAGAAGCGCCUGCGACAACUCAUCGCCCCUGAUCCCAGCCUGCCACAGCCCAAGCAGCAUCUGUAUCUGGAUGGGGGUGUGGGCCAGGACUGCAGGCCCAACUCAACCAAGGAGGAUCUACUAGCCGGGCAGAAGGAGACCUACUUGUAGGAUGUGACCAGAGGCUGGGGGGGCUACUGAGCCAAGAACCUAGGUCCACCCUAUGCUCAGUGGACAACCACUGUCUUUGUCCCCUACCCAAGCCCUGCCGAGAACCUCUGGGAUGCCCCCAGGUGGACUUCUCUCCUCAACGGGAGCAGCUUCUUCUGGGUGGUCCAGAGACACUACCAUUGGAAUACGCCAUGCUGUGGACAUGCAUGUUCUCCAUUAGAACACACCAUCGUAUUUAUACAGGGUGGUGGUCUUUUUGGAGACCACCAUUGGAUGAUAGCACAGUACACUGUGAGGGGGAUCCCCAUUGUAGGGAUGUUUCCCAGCAAACACUUACUAUAUUUGUGCCUUGGAAUGUACCCCGCGACUGACCUGGAGACCCCCAGUGGAACACACCAUACUGGAAGUGACAACUCACACCAUUGGACUCCAAAGUUCCUUUACAGGAGACCAGCUCUGGUGAUGGAAGCCCUUCAGGGAGCUUAACAUGAUGAAGGUUCCCAGGGGGAAGGAACUAGAGAAACAUCCGGGAGGCAAACCUUCACAUGCCGUGAUCGGCUGGGGCUCUCUUGAUGUCAGUCUCUCAAGCCAUCCCCAGCUCCAGCCCGAGUCUCAAACAGUGCUUCUCGCCAUGGGGUCCCCAAUGCAUGGAGCACUGGAGUGGAGAAGACUAGGCGAUGGACCCUAGACCUUAGAAAUACACAGCCCGUGCAGCUCUACUCUCAUCCUGUGUCGGGGCAGACAUUGCUGAUGGAUCACAGAUCCUUUCACACCUUGCCAUCCUAAACACAGUGCUCUCGACAGUU